ACAAAUGCUGGAAAUGUCAGCCCCUCAAUCAGCAUACGAUCAGAAACGACUUUUGAUGUGGAUAGAAAAUUACCACGGUCACCACGCGGAUCAUUGGACGGCUCACUCCCAGAAGCACCCUUAGUCCCUACACGAAGAAGAGGUAAACAGAAGAAACUUGACUCUAUAAGUUUACCUAGAAAUUUUACUCAUGUGGCACAUGUGGGUUGGAAUGGAAAUGGAGUGAUUUUCGAUGAGCGCCUUCUUGACAAUCAUGAUACGGUACAGUCAAUCAUUGAUGCAGCGAAAAAGACAGAUAUCGGCCCCAUCUACAACGUUGUGAGCAACGAUAAUGGAAACGAUAGAAGUCACGCUGUUGAAGUCAUGUUGGCCGGCUCCCUAAUGCAGACUAAGGAUCCACUCUACACGAAGCCGCACAAGAAACCAGUCAGACUGCAGCCAAAGCGACUUCAGUUGCCUUCUACCAAUAGUCCCCGAUGA